CGGCGGCUGGGGAGGGGGCAGAGAAGAGCUAGCGGCGCUGUGAGGCCGUUGCGCCCUCUCCUUUCUCCCGGGAAGCCCACGCCGCUGCCUUGAAGAGCGGCACAGUGUGACCUUGAGGGCAACCGGAGAGCGACGCUCUCGCCUAAGCUUCGGCCGCCCACCUCGCUCCAGUGUCUCGGCUGGUGGUUCAGGAGCCGUCGCGGUUGAGCGCGGGAUACUGCUCGGCUUCCUUAUGCCCGUCCGCCUUUCAUUUUAUCUGUUAGCCGACGCGCGGCUUCCUCCCAGAAUGGGCCGCCGAAUACCCGUUAGGUUAAGGUGCUUCUCCGUCUCCGGUUCGCGCUGCCGGGUUAAGUAGCCAGGAUUAGAUUGCCGCAGCUGCACGGCAUUAUCAUUCCCAGCCACCUCGGUCUCUCCCCGCCCGGCAGAGAGCCAGAGAGCGAAAACGCCAGCGGGUCAACUCUUUCUUGCUGUGAGGUGUCUGUGGCGGACGUGGUAGCUCGGAAUUUGGAGCUGGCUUCCGAGGAGCUUCUCCUCCCACCUGCACGCCAGUUUUUGCUUCCAGUCGGAGGGUAGCAACCGAGUAUAAAACUGAUUUGGCUGCAUCUUCUUUCUGCUCCCCGGCCUUAUCAUGGUGUGAACGGAACAAAGCGGGUAGUUAAUUUAUGAACACGAAUUUCAGAAGCCUCUCUGAAAUGCAGCAUGGCCUGUUAAGGUUAUUCAAAGCAGCAUGGUUGGUAUGGUGUUGGGCUUGUCCCGAUUCGUUGCAGGAAGUACUUCCUAAAGUGAUUUGCAUGACACUCAACUCUGCCAAAGGGGACUGCAUUCCCCUUCCAUCUGGAAUGAAGGAACCAAUUAUGGGAUUGUAUUCAAGAUAACGUUCCUGGAAAGCGUAUCCAAUGGAUCUCUCUUUUUUUGAGUGAUUUAUAUCUGCACUUUUGAUGGUUUUCAUAUCUAAAGGAUUUAUUUUCCUUGUGGAAAUAUUUAAAAUAAAAAAUUGUUCCUCAUUGGAAACUAUUUCCUCCUUUUGAACACUGUACAUCAUGGGAGACAUGGCCAACAACUCGGUAGCGUACAGUGGCGUGAAAUACUCUGUGAAAGAUACUCAUCAUGGAGACUUUGGGAUCACACUUGAAGAGCUUCGUAAUCUUAUGGAAUUGCGUGCUGCAGAUGCUUUGCAUAAAAUACAAGAAUGCUAUGGGGAUGUAUAUGGAAUCUGUGCAAGAUUGAAAACUUCUCCAAAUGAAGGCUUAAGUGGAAACCCAGCAGAUAUAGAAAGGAGAGCAGCUGUGUUUGGGAAGAACUUUAUACCUCCUAAAAAGCCAAAAACAUUUCUUCAGUUAGUAUGGGAAGCAUUACAAGAUGUUACGUUAAUUAUAUUAGAAAUUGCAGCCAUAAUAUCAUUGGGCCUUUCUUUUUACCAACCUCCUGGAGGAAAUGAAGCAUUAUGUGGAGCAGUGUCAGUUGGUGAAGAAGAAGAAGAAGGUGAAACAGGAUGGAUUGAAGGAGCUGCAAUUCUCCUGUCUGUUGUUUGUGUGGUAUUAGUCACAGCUUUCAAUGACUGGAGUAAAGAGAAACAAUUCAGGGGGUUACAGAGCCGCAUUGAACAAGAGCAGAAGUUUACCGUCAUCAGGGGUGGCCAAGUCAUCCAGAUACCUAUAGCGGACAUAGUUGUUGGUGAUAUUGCACAAAUAAAAUAUGGUGACCUUUUACCAGCAGAUGGUGUACUUAUACAGGGAAAUGACCUCAAAAUUGAUGAAAGCUCACUGACUGGAGAAUCUGAUCAUGUUAAGAAAACGUUGGAUCGAGAUCCUAUGUUGCUCUCAGGUACUCAUGUAAUGGAAGGUUCUGGAAGAAUGGUGGUUACUGCUGUGGGUAUAAACUCACAAACUGGAAUUAUUUUUACCUUGCUUGGUGUGGGAGGUGACGAUGAGGAAGAAAAGAAAGAAAAAGAGAAAAAGGAAAAGAAAAGUAAAAAGCAAGAUGGCACUAUUGAAAAUCGUAACAAAGCAAAAGCUCAGGAUGGUGCAGCCAUGGAAAUGCAGCCUCUGAAGAGUGAAGAUGGUGGUGAUGGUGAUGAGAAGAAAAGAAACAGUAUGCCCAAGAAAGAGAAAUCAGUCCUACAAGGAAAACUAACAAAACUAGCAGUUCAGAUUGGCAAAGCAGGAUUGCUAAUGUCUGCAGUCACGGUCAUCAUUCUUGUAUUAUAUUUUGUAAUUGAUACCUUCUGGGUUCAGAAACGACCUUGGCUUGCUGAAUGUACCCCAAUAUACAUUCAGUAUUUUGUGAAGUUCUUCAUCAUUGGUGUUACUGUCCUGGUUGUGGCAGUUCCGGAGGGUCUUCCACUUGCAGUUACUAUUUCUCUGGCUUACUCUGUGAAGAAAAUGAUGAAAGACAAUAACUUGGUCAGACAUCUGGAUGCUUGUGAAACAAUGGGUAAUGCAACAGCCAUUUGCUCAGAUAAAACAGGAACACUGACAAUGAACAGAAUGACAGUGGUCCAGGCUUACAUCAAUGAAAAACAUUAUAAAAAAAUUCCAGAACCAGAAGCUCUCCCUGAAAGAACUUUGUCAUACCUUGUAACGGGAAUCUCAGUUAACUCUGCAUAUACUACCAAAAUUCUGCCUCCUGAAAAAGAAGGUGGUUUACCCCGCCAUGUUGGUAACAAAACUGAAUGUGCCUUGCUGGGACUGAUUCUGGAUCUGAAACGAGACUAUCAGGAUAUUAGAAAUGAAAUACCAGAAGAGACACUUUACAAAGUCUACACCUUCAACUCUGUUAGAAAAUCCAUGAGUACUGUGUUGAAGAAUGCUGAUGGCAGCUUCCGGAUAUUCAGCAAGGGUGCCUCAGAAAUAGUACUUAAAAAAUGCUUUAAGAUACUGAGUGCUAAUGGUGAACCAAAAGUAUUUAGACCAAGGGACCGUGAUGAUAUAGUAAAAACUGUGAUUGAGCCAAUGGCCUCAGAGGGACUGAGAACUAUAUGUCUGGCAUUCAGAGACUUCCCAGCAGGAGAACCUGAGCCAGAAUGGGACAAUGAAAAUGAUGUUGUCACAGGUCUUACGUGCAUUGCUGUUGUAGGCAUUGAAGAUCCUGUGAGGCCUGAGGUACCAGAUGCAAUAAGAAAAUGCCAGCGUGCUGGUAUAACUGUACGUAUGGUUACUGGUGACAAUAUUAACACUGCCCGUGCUAUUUCUUUAAAAUGUGGCAUUUUGCAUCCUGGUGAAGAUUUCCUAUGCCUAGAAGGCAAAGAAUUCAAUAGACGAAUACGUAAUGAAAAAGGAGAGAUAGAACAGGAGCGAAUAGACAAAAUUUGGCCAAAGCUUCGUGUGCUUGCAAGGUCUUCCCCUACUGACAAACACACCCUAGUAAAAGGUAUAAUAGACAGUACAGUUUCAGAACAGAGGCAAGUUGUAGCUGUGACUGGUGAUGGAACCAAUGAUGGCCCGGCACUGAAAAAAGCAGAUGUUGGCUUUGCUAUGGGUAUUGCUGGAACAGAUGUUGCUAAAGAAGCUUCUGAUAUCAUUCUUACAGAUGACAACUUCUCAAGCAUUGUUAAAGCAGUUAUGUGGGGACGAAAUGUAUAUGAUAGUAUUUCCAAGUUCCUUCAGUUCCAGCUUACUGUCAAUGUAGUAGCCGUAAUUGUUGCUUUCACAGGAGCAUGUAUUACACAAGAUUCUCCCUUAAAAGCUGUUCAGAUGUUAUGGGUAAACCUUAUCAUGGACACCCUGGCCUCUCUUGCUUUGGCAACGGAACCACCCACAGAAUCUCUCUUGCUUCGAAAACCAUAUGGUAGAAAUAAACCUCUCAUUUCACGCACAAUGAUGAAGAAUAUUCUGGGCCAUGCUUUCUACCAGCUUGUGGUUGUUUUCACACUUCUGUUUGCAGGCGAAAAAAUCUUUGACAUUGACAGUGGAAGAAAUGCACCACUGCAUGCUCCUCCUUCAGAGCACUAUACUCUUGUAUUUAAUACAUUUGUGAUGAUGCAACUCUUUAAUGAAAUAAAUGCCCGAAAAAUUCAUGGUGAAAGAAAUGUAUUUGAAGGAAUUUUCAAUAAUGCUAUCUUCUGUACUAUAGUUCUUGGCACAUUCAUUGUACAGAUAGUUAUAGUGCAGUUUGGUGGAAAGCCUUUCAGUUGCUCAGAACUUACAGUAGAACAAUGGCUAUGGUCAAUUUUUCUAGGAAUGGGAACACUACUUUGGGGCCAGUUGAUAUCAACAAUUCCAACCAGCCAUUUAAAAUUUCUAAAAGAAGCUGGCCAUGGAACACAGAAGGAGGAGAUUCCAGAAGAAGAACUAGCUGAAGAUGUCGAGGAGAUUGAUCAUGCUGAAAGAGAACUCCGACGUGGUCAAAUUUUGUGGUUUAGGGGCCUAAACAGGAUACAAACUCAGAUGGAUGUAGUGAAUGCUUUCCAGAGUGGAACUUCCAUUCAGGGGGCUCUAAGGCGGCAACCUUCCAUCGCCAGCCAGCAUCAUGAUAUCCGAGUGGUGAACGCGUUUCGUAGUUCUUUAUAUGAAGGUUUAGAAAAGCCGGAGUCAAGAAGUUCAAUCCACAACUUUAUGACGCAUCCAGAGUUUAGAAUAGAAGAUUCUGAGACUCAUAUUCCCCUUAUUGAUGAUACUGAUGCUGAAGAUGAUGCACCAACAAAACGCAACUCAACUCCUCUUCCACCCUCUCCCAACAAAAAUAACAAUGCAGUUGACAGUGGAAUUCAUCUUACAACAGACUUGAACAAGUCUGCUACCUCUUCAUCCCCAGGGAGCCCAUUACAUAGUUUGGAAACAUCACUCUGAUUGUAAGCUGAAUGUUUAACACAUUCGCUGCAUUGUAAAGAAACAAAUUGAAACUUGGGUCUUCUACUCAUUUUGAUGGGCAAGAAGGUAUUCUUGUCUUGGACUUCAACAAGAAGAUACACACUUGUAUGAAUGUAGAUUUAUUUUUUUAAAAAAGAGCUUUCUGCCAGACUUGAGGGUGCUUUGGGGAGGGGGGGAGUAAUAAUGAACUCUGACAGAUAAACAGUAACUUGGCAUAAGUGACCUGUGGAUCAUCAGCUGUACUUAAGAAUGGCCCUUGUGAGUGGAUUAAGCAGAGCUUUAGUUUCUCCUUCCUUUUUGAAGGGAGGGCUGGGAAGGGCGAGGGAGCCCUGGAUCACUGAAUUGAUAACUUUAAUUUCUGUUGUUGGCUGUUAAUAAUUUGGAUUAUUUAUGUUUAUAAAUGAUACAGAUCUGUUUACAAGGUUUGUAGAUACUUUUUGUUCCUGUUCAUAGAUGGGAAGCUUCCUUAUAAAUGAUGCAGAAGAAAAAAAUUAGUCCAUCAAAUACUGCUGUAUUUUCAGGAAAAGGGUGUUUCUAUUGAAACUGUACUAAAUUUUUGCCUGCAAUUUACCCUGUUAAAUAUUGUAGAUAAAAUUGCUACUACUAAUAGCCAAAUAGGUGACACUAAUGCUUUGUAAAAACCAUGAGCAGUGGUGUUCUAAUGAAGUUAUGGCCUCUGCCCUAAUUAGUUUCUUAAACAUUUACUACUUAAUGGUUUUGAAACAACUGUUAAAUUUUUAAAAAUUGAGAAACUUGAUGAAUAACUUCUGUUCAAAAUUUAAUAGAGGAUUGUUUAAUGCAGGACAAUGUGAUGGAACUUGCUUGAAAUACUUUUGUUAUCUCAGGCAAAAUGGAUUAAAUCAAAAUACAUCAGAACCUUAGUCCUUUUGGUUUUUGUCUAAACACAGUAGCUUAGUGCUGUCUUGGUGAACUGUGAGUGGAGCUGUUUAUUUUUCUGAUCUAGUAUCCUUACAGCAUGAAGGCUGUUGGCAUUUGGAACAAUAUGAAUAGGUAGCAUACAAGUUUUCUUUUGUUUUGAAAUUCAUUUGUAAAAAUAAAUCGGCCCUUUUUAUUAAAAUAAAUAUGCACCAAUGGUUUUUACAGGACUCGGUCCCUUUACAAUAUGAAGAACUUACAAAUAUUGCUUUAAUUUUGGUGGGUUCAUUUGGGUGGAGAUUUAGUAAAUAUCUUGCAAUUUUCCAUUUUCUCAUUGAUACAAUGGAAGGUUUGCAGUAGGUCAGACUAGGAGACCUUAUCUAGGGCUAAAGGACUUAGUAGCAAAAUUUGUCCUAUAUUUUUACUUGCUUAUUUAAUUUUUAAAAAAUCACUAAUUGGACUUGUAUUCAAACCACUGAUGAUCCUUGUAAACAACUUUCUGGGGGCCAAAAAAGCAAGAAAAUAAUGUUCACACGUGAAGAUCUACAAACUGACUUCUUAAAAGCCGCUGUCUUUACAGUUCAUUCCUCCUUUUUUCUGUCUUUUUAACCUUUUCUCUUCCUAAAGUUACUAGAUACUUUUCUUUUUGCCAAGGGAGUGAAACGAUGAAUAAGAAUGCUAAAGAAACUUAGUUCAAAUAAAUAGUUUGAAAGUACUGCCAAGUGGAAAAGUGAAAGACCAUCCUUAACAGUAGCUCCUUUGUGUACUGAGCCAUGGCUGAAGACACCCAGGGAAUGAUCUUUGUUUAUUUUAAAGUCCUUUUGUAAGAGCUGUGCCUUUCUCACAAGGGAAACUAGAAUGUAUUUUAGCUGCUAAGUUAGGCCUUGACUUGCCCCAGUUGGAGGAGAAAAGUUCUGGGGAAACUAGGUUAACAAAGGAGAUGGGGAUAAUGCACCAUUAAAAUAUUGUUAUGUCCUCUGACACAACAUAUAAUGGUGGAUGCAGCAUGUUCCCACUCCUUACUGCACUUCUGUGACCUCCAGUAUUAACUUUUCAGAGGUCAAAAGGAACUGCUUAGGAAAGGGCAGCACUGGAAAGAUUGCAUCCAUAGAGUGUAGAAUUUAACUCAAGUACCAGACUCUAUUCCAUAGAGGUAACACAUGAUUCAGACACAUAAAAGCCAGUUGUCAAAAGUUUCUACUUAAGAUUGUAGUGAUUGAGCCACACUUCAGUGGGCAAUAAACAAGCCAUCCUUAAGGUUUUUAUGCACUGCGUCUCACUGUCAGCUACUUGCUCUAAUUGGAAAGAAAUGUAUUUUGAGAAACUUAAGCAGAUUUAUAGGUAGGCAAAGAAUGCCUGCAACAUGCUGAAAUUAGUGGAUCUUAAAUGUUGAAACUAUCCAGCUUUGAGAAUCAGUGUGCUAAUACUUUUGUUAAAUUUGAACACAAACUUUCAGGUUUUUUCCUUCUGUCUUAAUGGUAGUCAUGACUGCAUUUGAAUGUCAAAAUCUACUGUGAAUUCUACAUUUCAGACCUUUGGAGGAAACUUAAAUGUAGACUUUUGUGUACAAAAUAUUCUUUUUUAAAAAAUUCUGUUGACCAGCAGUACAUUGAGUCUUAAUAACAAGUGUAAGAGAAACCCAAAAUCAGGAAUACUUGUUCUAACACUUUACUAAUGUGAAAGCAACAGAACAUGGCAUCAUGAAAAAAAUAUCAAAACAAUAACUACUGCUUUUCAAUUGCUGAGCACCCCAUAUUGCUUUUUCUGGUUGUAAGGUGUACUUACCUUGCUCAUUGUAACUUAAAUAAAUAAAUGUGCUGUUUAUCUGUC